GCGGAUGUGCGACUUGUGUUUUGUCCGGUAAAGUAACUGUUGGCGACCCGACUCGGCGGCAUGUUGAACACAUUAGCGUCACUUUGUGAGUUGUUGAUUUAUUUCAGUCGCUAUUGUUAGAACUGAAUAAGCAAAAAUAACCAUCGCGAUUCUGGUUUUCUCUGUGUCGAAAUCCAGGCGGACUCUUGUUUACCUUCCAUCCAUCCAUUUUUUACCGCUUAUUCCCUCUUGGGGUCGCGGGGGGCAUUGAAAUAUAACCUGCGAUAUGAAUCCAAACCCAUUUGGAGGCGCACCAGGUGGAGGUGUGCAAGGGACCAACGCCACGUCGUUCGAACAGAAAACCUCCAACAGUUUGUCUCAAAAUGUUGGUGUUUUUCAGCCAUCAGCGUUUGGCACACCGUCGGCCACGAAUCAACCCUCAAACCACGGGAGUAUCAUUUUUGGACAGAGCUCUGCCUUUGGGCAACAAUCAACUAAAGCAACAUCACUUCCCAGUAGCACCCCGGCAUUUAGUCAGCCUACAGUGGGUGUUGGCAACUUCGGUAGCACCUUUGGAGCAGUUACUGGAGCGAACCCCAGUUUUGGACAAACACAACCCUCUGUCUUUGGUCAGGGCCCAGGUUUUGGACAGAAGGUCACAGGGUCAGGACUGUUCUCAGGUUCCGCAAGUUCCUCAGUGCAACAUCAGCCUUUGAGUUUUGGACAAUCUCUUUUUGGCCGGCCUUCAACGACCAGUGUGGCCAGCAAUGUUUUUGGUGCUCCUCCCACCCAGAGUAGCGGAUUUGUACCUGAAUUCAGUUUUAAGCCAGCCAAUGAAGUGCUUUUCAAACCCAUUUUUAGUGAGCCCACAAACCCUCAAACCUCGUUAACGUCCAGCUCACCUUUUGGCAGCGCCACAAAGAAAACAAGUUUCACCGCUGACUUAUUGGGUGCAAAGUCUGGGUCGCAUGGAUUCAGUUUCUCCGAGCCUGCCGCAGCUCCAUCACUUCCAGUCCAAGACAACCCGUUAACAACAGCCAAGAACACUGGCCCGUCCAGCUUGCUGCAGUUCACAUUUUCCCAGCCUGCUGUCCCCUCUAGUUCCAAUACCAAUGCACCCAUCACCCAACCCAAAACUGUGCCAACUUUUAGCUUUUCAUCCAAAGCCCUUCAACCUCAGACGGCGCAACUUUCUGCAGGAAGUAGUAUUGUUCAGCCCUCAUCUUUUGGUGAGAUUAAAUCUGCAGCGGAGUCUACUUCCGACCAUAAGGUGGCUCAAGAGGAUGAGCCAAAUGUAUUUGCACCAUUUAGAAAAGGUAUGAAACGGAGAGAUGAGCCUUCAAUGGAGCUGUCAAGCAAUGUGACAGAAGUUGUUGCGGAAGAUGAAGAAACAGCUGAAACAUCUUCACCAAGACAACCCCCAAAGAGACCCAAUAGAAGGUCUCGUGUCCCAUCAAUUAAUUUAUUCACCAGAGCACUAAGUGGACUUCGAAAAGACAAGUCCAGUCCAGUUCGACAGGGGGCGAAUGAGACUCUGCAACAAAAGUCACAGGAGAUGAGUGAUCAGCCCCAAGUACUUGAAGAACCCCUGACUGCUACGACAUUUGGGGUACAAACCAUGAGCCCGGUGGUGCCAGAAAAGUCUGAAGAGUCAGAGUCACCAAAAACCUCUGAAAUGACGGCGGAAACGAAGACUUCUAUAAGAUCUGGUGUACGAAGCGAUAGCUUGGACAGCCUCAGUGGUAUGUCUCCUACUGACUGCACUGUCAUUCAGUGCAGAAAUGUUCCUCCAGCCCUCAACAAGAGGAACAUAUUAGAAAAGCACUUUGCUCGAUUUGGCAAAGUCUGCAAAGUGUUUUGCCGGCCCGGCAAGAACAUGGCUACUGUGCACUUUGAUAAUCAUGCAUCCGCGGCAAAGGCAAAGAAAAAAGGAAAAUACCUUAAUCGGAAAGAACUCCUUCUUUUGUGGCAGAAAAAGAAAUCAAGUCCAGGUGAUAAAAGUAGCAGACCCACAUCUGGACAAAAGGAGCUAGAGGGCGCUAAGGAGGACACAAGUUUUAAGGCUGCUUCCUCGCCCCUCAGAAGACCUGUGCUCAGGCCUCCAGCUGGCAGCACCUUCAGCCUCAGCUCAGCUGUGAAGAAACCAUUGUUGACCAGGUCUCUCCAGUUUGACACUGAACACCAGAAAGACAGCGUCAUGGACAUGCAAAGCACCAAGAGUUUCGUUCCCUCUGCUAUUGUCGCCCUGAUCGGCGUCAUGGCUGAAACAUCCGAGGACAAGUACCGCCUGCUAGAACAGAGGGACAAAAUUUUGCGUCAAGAUCGAACCAAAAACGCAGACAUGGACCUCUCAAAGGUGUUUGUGGGAACGUGUCCUGACAUGUGUCCCGAGAAGGAGCGAUACAUGAGGGAAACGAGAAACCAGCUGAGCAUGUACGAAGUUCAUGCGAACACAGAAAUGGUGAAUCAUGCAGCAGCCAUCAAAGAGUACAGUCGUUCUUCAGCUGACCAGGAGGAGCCCCUUCCCCAUGAGCUACGCCCCCUGACAGUGCUCAGCAUGACCAUGGAUUAUCUGGUCACCCAGGUCAUUGACCAGGGUCACGACAACUUGCAGGAUUGGUAUGAUUUUUUCUGGAACAGGACCCGUGCCAUCCGAAAGGACAUCACUCAGCAGCGUCUGUGCUGCCCACACACUGUCUCACUAAUAGAGAAGUGUACACGCUUUCACAUCCACUGCUCUCACCACCUCUGCGAACAGCCGAUGUCUGUUUUUGAGCCUAAGAUCAACAAUGAGAACCUGACAAAGUGCCUCCAGAGCCUCAAAGAAAUGUAUGAGGACCUUAAGGACCGGGACAUCUACUGCCCCGGAGAGGCUGAGUUCCGCCAGUACAGUGUGCUGCUAAAUCUCAAUGACGGUGAUAUCCUACGGCAAGUCCAACAAUUACGUGAUGAAGUGCGCAACUCUUCUGAAGUGCUUUUUGCAGUGCAGGCAUUCGCUGCACUCAACAGCAACAACUUUGUGCGUUUCUUUAAGCUGGUGAAAAAAGCAUCGUACCUGGCCAGUUGCCUCCUACACAGAUAUUUCAAUCAGGUCAGAGCAAGGGCAUUGAAGAUACUGAAUAUUGCGCACACUGUGGGUCCACGGUCAACCGCUUUUCCAGUGGAAGACAUUGUUCGUAUAUUAAUGUUCCGCAGUGCGGCAGAAGCAAUUGACUUCAUCCAGCAGUACAACCUGAACGUCAAUGAUGGUUUGGUCGAUCUGAAUCGGAUAGCCUAUCAGGAGCCGGAGCUGCUGUCCCAGAAGAAGUCAGACAUCAUUCUAGCUAAAAGAUCCACAUUUAUUGGAGAGUUGGUGAAUGGAGGCACCCUCCCCAACCCUCCUCAGCAUGUACCCGUCUGUAGCUUUGACGCCCAGAACAAGUUCAGAGGAGAGGGCAUAAUGGCCGAGCCUGCUCCAAAUCCCUUUAAAGCCAUUGCCAGAGUGGAGGUUACAGCCUCGCCCAGUGUUGAAUUGCAGCCGCAGGACUCCCCACCUAGGCCUCCAGAAAUCUCAAAUGUUUUUGGGAUGCAACCAGCUUUUCCAGAUAAUACGGAUAAGUCAGGCGAUUCCUUUCACAGUUUGGCUCUCCCUGCCGAUGUUCAGCAGCCCUUCCAGCCAAUGUCCCAGCCUCCCCAGCCAAUGUCACAGCCGCCCCAGCCAAUAUCACAGCCUCCCCAAGUCAAAUCGCCAUCGCCUGCACCGCCACCUCAGCCAGUGUUCAGCGAAGAGGACAUCAUGGCUGAAGUGGACUGCUUGAUUGAAGAAAUGGUUGGGAUAUCCGCAAGGGAGGUAGCUGCUGAGGGUGCUUGUUAUGUCACAACAGCACUGGUUGAGAGCAGCGCGCAGUCGGAGGCACUACUGAGUGACGUUUUAGGACGACUACUGGAAGAAUUGUCUUCUUCUGAGCUCCAUCUGGAACAGGAGCGUGUUGCUGAAGAGAAACGCAAGAUUGAGGAAGCAAGAAGGAAACAGGAGCAUGAGGCCUUUGUGGCCAUGUUUCGCCUUAAUUUGUACUCAGAGAUCAUGCUGGAAGUCUUGGAUGAGACUAUCAAGGAGAUUGCAACCACAGUUUUCCAGCAUGCAGCGAAUGAGAAAGCGCAAUGUGUGGCUAGAUGUUCUCAAGAGGUCUGCACUGGUCUAAUUGAGGAGACUUUAAAAGCAGACAUUGCUGUAAUGGUUGAAGAAAUUCUCACGUCUGAGCUGCAACGUGCUCACAAAUACAUCCAAAGGUGGCGUGACGUGGUAGCAGUACGUCGGCAACUAAAGAGACAGAUGAGAGGCUUUCCAGCGGCUCCUUGCUUUGUCGAUCCUCGCUUCAAACUGAAGGCGCUGGCUCCAAGCGCUCCGGCACAGCAGUCCAUAGAGGAUCUGGCUUGUGGGAUGGUGAACUUGGGAAACGGAGGAAGGUUAUCGCUGUCCAGCACCAGGGUUUUGAAAACAAGACAGUUGGCAGUCCACCAAAUGAAAGUGCAGUGGUACUAUCAACAGCUUCUUGAAGAGUUGGUGUGGUCCCCGCUCGACCUGCCAGCUUUGGUGGCUGAAAAUACCCACAAGCCGCACAAUAGAAUCUUCUGGAAAGCUGUUGUCCUUCUACCCAGUGAUCAUGAGAAUGUUGCCAGCCCGGCAAGCAGGAUCUUGUCAGACUGGCUGUUAGUCAAGCUUGCUGGGGGCCAGGAGUCAAAGCUUAUAGAGGAGCAAUGGGAUGGCACACUGCAGAACCUCCAUCUAUCUAACACCAUUAAGGAGAAAGAACAGCACACUUUUGAAGUCAAUGUCAGCAUCAAGGUGUCCAGAGGUCCCCUGACUGAAGCCUGCUUGUCUGAAAUUGAGGAGUGCUUGGAUUUGCAAGGGACAGGAGCGCUGAUCAUGUUGCUUCCAGCAAUGGCCUUCUCAGAGCCCCGGCGCGAUGAGCUGGACGACGUGACCAUGCUCUCGGCCCUGCUUCAGCUCAAACAGCUGCAGCAAGCCAGCGCCUGGCACUGCCCAGUGCCUCUGGUUAUUCUGGUCCCUGGCACCUGUAACGCUGAGACACUUGAAGAAGAACUGAUGCUGCCUUCACUCGUGAAGGAUGGUUUUAUAUCGGAAUAUAAAUUGUUGUUCAUACCAGAAACCACAAAUGAUAUGCAGGGAGCCAAUCAGCUAAACUCUGCUAUACGCUGGCUGCUGUCUCGUGCGCCGCCAUCAAUCCCGCUCUGCUGCCAGACUCUGAUGCAUCUCGUCGAGGCCAGCUUGAGUCACGAGUUCAGUCCCAGGGUUUCUGCCGCGUGGGCCGCUGCAGGGCUCCCUCCUCAGGAUCCCGCUCCCGUCGUCGAGCUGUACAACGCCGUCAUCCGUCACAUCGCGGACAAAGUGUCUUCCGAGGAGCUCUCUGGAAUCGCGUGGCCUCCUGGAGAGUUCUCCCUGCCUGACACCAGAGAGUUUGUUCCUCAUCUGGGCUGGAACAGCGGCCCACACCUGGCCUGGUUACGCAGACACAUCCUCAGCCUGCAGCUGCCGCAGUGGAGGCAACUUUCUACCACAGCUGCCCCUCCCUGAUGGAGUUGUUUGGAUGUUGUCCAGUGAAACUUUAAAGGGGAACAUUAUCACCAAACCUAUGUAAGCGUCAAUAUAUACCUUGAUGUUGCAGAAAAAGGACCAUGUAUUUUUUUAACCGAUUUCCGAACUCUAAAUGGGUGAAUUUUGGCGAAUUAAACGCCUUUCUGUUUAUCGGUCUUUUAGCGAUGACGUCAGAACGUGACUCCACCGAGGUAAUACACCCGCCAUUUUCAUUUUCAAAACAUUACAAACGCCGGCUCUCAGCUCUGUUAUUUUCCGUUUUUUUGACUAUUUUUUGGAACCUUGGAGACAUCAUGCCUCGUUGGUGUGUUGUCGGAGGGUGUAACAACACUAACAGGGAGGGAUUCAAGUUGCACCACUGGCAAGAAAUCUGCCACCAGACCCCCAUUGAAUGUGCCAGAGUGUCUGCACAUUUUACCGGCGAUGCUAAGACAGACAUGGCACAGAGAUGUAUGGAUAUCCUGCAGAUGCAUUUGCAACGAUUAAGUCAACAAAAUCACAAAGGUGAGUUUUGUUGAUCUUGUUGACUUAUGUGCUAAUCAGACAUAUUUGGUCACAGAAUGACUGCCAGCUAAUCGAUGCUAACAUGCUACGCUAUUCGAUGCUAACAUGCUAUUUACGCUAGCUGUAUGUACAUUUGAAACUAGAUACCCACAUUUAAUGUGAAACAAACACUUACCAAUCGACAUAUUUAAGUUGUUCCAGUGUCACAAGAUGUGAAAGUCCUGAUCGUUUGGUCCGCACAUUUUACCGGCGAUGCUAAUAAGGCAGCCAUGCUAUGGGCCACUUCAUUAGGUACACCCAUGCUAUGGCCGAAUAGCGUCAAUUGCUAUUCGCUCAAUAGCUUCAGUUUCUUCUUCAAUUUCGUUUUCGCUAUCUGCCUCCACACUCCAACCCCCGUUUCAAUACAUGCGUAAUCUGUUGAAUCGUUUAAGCCGCUGAAAUCCGAGUCUGAAUCCGAGCUAAUGUCGCUAUAUCUUGCUGUGGUAACCGCCAUGUUGUUUGUAUUGGCAGCACUGUAUGACGUCACAGGAAAAUGGACAGUCGCAUCGCAAAUAGCGAAAAUCAAGAACUUUAAAGCUUUUUUUUAGGAUAUUCCGGGAAGUGUAAAAUUUUGAAAAAACUUUGAAAAAUAAAACAAGCCACUGGGAACUGAUUUUUAUUGUUUUUAACCCUUUUGAAAUUGUGAUAAUGUUCCCCUUUAAGUUAGCCUAAGCGUGUGUUUUGGACACAACCCGUCUUCGUCCACUCUCACUUCGUGUUGUUCCUGGCAUCUCUUCUCACCAUCGAAACCAAAAAAGAUAAAAGACAGGGUGUACUCAUUGUGUUUUGUCCUUGAACAGAACAAAGUGAAUAGAGUGAGACUCUCUGUAUAUUCCAUACAGCUUUAAGGUGUAAAAUAUUCACCUAACAUCACUUUAAAAACCGACUCAGUUGCCUAGUAGUUAGAGUGUCCGCCCUGAGAUCGGUAGGUUGGGAGUUCAAACCCCGGCCGAGUCAUACCAAAGACUAUAAAAAAAAAUGGGACCCAUUGCCUCCUUGCUUGGCACUCAGCAUCAAGGGUUGGAAUUGGGGGUUAUAUCACCAUAAAUAAUUCCCGGGCGCGGCACCGCUACUGCCCAAUGCUCCCCUCACUUCCCAGUGGGUGAUCAUGGGGAUGGGCAUAAUGCAGAGGACAAAUUUCACCACACAUAGUGUGUGUGUGACAAUCAUUGGUACUUUAACCUU